AUGAUUAUAAUAAAGACUGUUUUAUUUUUUGUGUUAAUCACAAUUUGCUACAGUAGAUUGCCCGAAAAAGUAUACUGUGCUAAUCAAGAAUGUAGCGAACCUAUAUCUAAAGCUAGAACUCUUCUAAGCUAUAACAGUGCAGACUCUGAUCUCAUGUCAUUCAAGGGUAAUUCUGAAGCAACUAUCAUUAUGAAAUCUGAAGGGGCAAACUCAGAUUUGUGGUAUGCAAACAUUAAUGGAAAAUCUGGUUUUGUGAGCACAAAAUUCUUGAGGGAAAUGAAAGUAUACACUAAAAACUUAAUAGAACGCCCUUUAGAAAUAAAAUCAAAUACACCAGAUGUGCAACCUAAUAAAGUACAACAACCUCAUGAAGUAAUUGAGGGUACUACUAUUUAUUCACCUGAACCAGAUCAAUCCCAGGUUGACCCAACGAUAGUGCCAGAAAUACCUCCUCAAGAUAAUCCUUUAGAUAACUUAACCUCUAAACAAGAUAAUCAAUACAAUGUAGAAAUAAAUCCACAAGAUAUUCCUCCAUCUUCAGAUUCCAAAAGUGAUACGGCUUUUGCACCUCUUGCAGGAGAUAAACAAAACAAUGUAGAAAACCCUAAAGAUAACAAAGAAGUUAUUGAAACUAUAGUGAAAACUGAGGAUGCUUCGAUUACAAUCGAGGAUUCAGCGUUAGAAGAUCCUAAUGUUAGUAUAGAAUCUAUUGAGGACCAGAAAGUAGACUUAUCUGAGAUGCUAUUAUCUACUAUUACCAACAAAGAAAAAGAUAACAGUGAAUUAAAUGAAUCUGGAGAGCAUUCUUCUGAAAAAACUCAAAGUGAACAAGACGAAGUCAGAGAACAUGCACUUGUUGAUAAUGUAUUACUGAACACUGCAACUAAUUCAAUUGAAAAUUCAAACAUAAUACCUGAAAGUAAAGGCGAAACUAAUAAUGAGGAUUUAGUGAGCAAUAGUGAAUUAAAAGUAUCUGACCAGAAUUCUACUGAAAAAACUCAAAGUGAACAAGAUCAAGUUAGUGAACAGGCUCUUGUAGAUAAAGCAUUGCCAAACUCCGAAUCUAAUAUUGAAGGUCUGGAAAACAUAAAUGAAGAUGCUACUGAUGAAGUAAAUUCGGAAGAAGAACUUAAUGAAACUCCUACAGAUUAUAUUCCUGAGUUGACAACCCUACCUAUAGACACCCAAGACCUGACUACACCAAGUACAGACACAACAGAAACUGAAAAAGCCACUUCACAAGCUCAAACGUCUUCUGAUAAUAUCAAAACUAUGCCUGAAACCAACCCACAAACAAUACCUGCUGCAGACAUUAACUUACUUCUUCAGGAAUUACAGAAUGCAGACACUACAACCCUUAAAGUGCCACAUAUGCAAGUAACAACAGACACUACACUCACAACAGAGUAUACUCCAAUAGAGAACAACAAAAUAUCAGAGAACAUUAUUUCUGAUAAUAAUGAUGUCAAUGCAAAUUCUGAGGAUUCUAUGAGAGAAACUAUUCAAUCAAAUCCAGAUGUAGUAUACAACACAGAACCAGAACAAUUCAAUACAGAAAGCUCUCGGACAACUUCUUCGGAGGAAAUUACUGAGUCCACAACAGAGCCUAUGAUAACAGACACAUAUAUUCAUACAUCUACAGAGAAUUUAAUUGAAGAAGUAUUAAAUACCCCUACCACAGAAACACCAAGUGUUGAAGAAGAAACAGGGGGAUUUUUCUCCAAUAUCUACUCCAUUAUAGCUGAUAUGGUGCCACCAUCUGCUGACCCUCCUUCAGAGCCAAUAUUUAACCCAGAAAAUGUACAACCACCUGUACCUCAAGAGUCUGAGAGCAUGUCUAUCACAUCGUAUUUAUCAUCUUACAUAACCUCUAUAAUGGGAUCUACCAAACAAAGCAGAGCACUGUAUCCCUCUUCAGGUGAUACAUGCUUUUCUGAGGAAUACUGCGAUGGUGAAGAUUAUGGUCAGCGCAACAGGUUCUUGACAUUCAUCUUAACAACUGCCACAUCAGUACUCCUGUUUACUCUUGGUUAUUACUACAUUGAUAAUAAACGGCAAGAUAGCAAGUUCAUUGGCACCAUAAAUAAACUACAGAGGGAAUUGCUUUUUGCUACCAAGGAGUGUGAGAUCCUUAAGGAGGAGCUUGGCACUACAAAGAACAAACUGAACUCGAUAGAAGAUAGCUCAUUUGGUAAAGAUGACAUGGUGCAGUCUUUAAAAGAAGAGAUAAUAGAAAUGAAAGCACAAAACGAUAGACUACGACACUCUUUGGAUGAUAAUGAGAAGUUGCUCAGGGUAUCCGAGAACACUGCUGGUGAACUUCAGAACACGUUGAGUGAGGUAGAAAACACACUCAGUGAACUGUUAGCUGAGAGAGCACAUGCGGAGGAACAAGUUGCAGAAAUGAAUGGAAAGAUCCAAGCAUUUGAAGAAGAAUUAAUAUCAGUCACUCGGGAUAGAGACAACUAUCAAUUGAAAUAUGCUUCAGCCGAGAGUGCUUUGGAAGAAUUUAUGAAGCAGAAGAAACAGUUUGAAGAUGUUAACCAGCAGUUAUCAGCAGCUAACAAUACAAUCGAAUUACAGAAGCAUGAAAUUGUUGCGCUGAAGGAUGCUAUGAAGGAAUUGAAAGGUGGUAAUACUUCGAAUAUAGACGUGGCUUCAUUGAUUGAUCAUACAGAAAUCAAGGCGAAGCUUACUAAAGCUGUUGAAGAAAGAGAGACAUUUAAACAUCAAUUUGAGGUAGAACAAAAGGAGAGAUCCAGACUAGCAGAAGAACUGCAAAGCACUCAAGAAUCUUUGAAGACAGCGAGUCAGCAGGCCACUGAAGCUCUAACCAGACUGGACGUUCUAGGAAAAUACUUCCAAGAACGAGAGAGUGAAUUACUUAAGGAGCUAAGCACAAAAGAAUCCCUGUGGCUUAGCAAACAAGGAGAGUCAGCGAGUACAGUCGAGAAGAUAGAACUAUUGCAACAAGAAGUGCAGAGAUAUAAAGAGAAGUGUGACACACUAACUCGAGAGUUAGCGGAGCAAGAGUCAGCUCGCCGCACGGCUAUCAGCGAAAUGGAAACUCGUGCGCACACUGCGUGGCUUGAAGCAAGACAGGCGAAGAGAGAGACGGAGGCUGCGCGAGACGAGGCCACUGCUCUCCGAAGAAAGCUGGCAGCUAUGCAUCAAGCUGAUGGUGCUGCCUCACCCAAUAGACCUGUGGUGUCUCCACACGAAGUCCCCGAUGGAUUACCACCAGCUCUGCCUCCGCCCCUAGCCUUCUUGCCGCCACCCCUUCUCCCGCCGCUGCCAAGACCUCCACCUCUGGGCAGACUACCAUCGCCUCACGGGCCCAGGUAUAGUGAAAGGCGGUAUUCACCCGAUAGCCGGUACUCGCCCGGGAGUCGGUACUCGCCGGAGAGUCGAUACUCGCCCGAAAGCAGAUACUCUCCAGAAACUGUGAGGUAUUCGCCAUCGAGAAGAUAUUCACCAAGGAGACGCUCGCCGUACUCGCCCAGGUCGCGGCGACGGUCUAUUGAGAGGUACGAAGGUGGAAGAGGAUCUCGGAGCCGCAAUGGUCCAGGUGAGACGGAGACAGAAUAUAAUUCAGACAGUCCGACGCGCAGACCACGCCGCAGGCGGUAUUCCACUCGCUCAGGUGCUAGUUCCGGUUCAGGAUGUUCCUCGGAGUCAGAAAAGUGA